CUGCAGGGUCACGUGGUCGGCUUCAGCUCAGCAGAGAGAGAAAGAGAAAGAGGAUUCAACAAAGUCCCGGCGGAGGAAGUGAAGGAAGGUGCGACUGCCUGCGGGCGAGCCUCUCUUCUCUGGCAGGUGGACACCAUGAACUACGUCGGGCAGCUGGCGGGCCAGGUGCUGGUGACAGUGAAAGAGUUGUAUAAGGGGAUCAAUCAGGCGACCCUGUCGGGCUGCAUCGACGUGAUCGUGGUCCGUCAGCCUAAUGGGACGUUCCAGUGUUCCCCUUUCCACGUCCGCUUUGGAAAACUUGGGGUGCUGCGCUCCAGGGAGAAAGUAAUUGAUAUAGAAAUCAAUGGAGAACCUGUGGAGCUCCACAUGAAGCUCGGAGACAAUGGAGAGGCCUUUUUUGUCCAGGAGACAGAGCAGCACAAUGAGAUCAUCCCGGCCCACCUGGUGACGUCACCGAUCCCCACAGAGGAGGAAAUGUUUUGGAGCAGAGAGCCCAGAUGUGGAGGAUCAGCAGCAGCAGAGAACAGUCAGCCUGUGAGUCCAGAAGAGCCGGCCUCUGGAAACCUUCCAACCUGCUCCACCUCAGCUGGCAAGAAGAGGAAGAGACGCAGGAGGAAGCACAAAGCCGAGCCACGCAAAGAGGAGCAAACAACAGCAGAGCUGGAGCUGUGUGAGCUCAGUUCAGAUGAGGAGCACAACAUGCUCACUGGGAGGACAUCUUCACUUUCCAUGAUGAAGGACAACAUGGACCACAGGCAGCACUCUCCCCUCACUGCCCUCGAAUGGGACAGUUACCCUUUCUCUGAUGGAGACUGGUCCCCCUGCACCAACAGGGAGAUGUCGGAUCCCUCGUCGCCCAAGAGUGACUCUGAGCUGAUGGUGAAGCCAGCAGAGAGCAUGCUCAGGGCCGAGUCCCACAUGAGAUGGAGCUGGGGAGAGUUUCCAGAAUCAACCAGGGUUAACAAAAAGGACAAAUCCGAGCCAAAAACGCUGACCAUUACUCCCUCAGAGAGCACACAUUUCAGGGUUAUUUUGAGCACAGAAGCCAUGGAGGAAGAGUCCACAGAGGGAGGGAGAACCACAGAUCCCAUUUGUAGUAUUGUGAAACCAGAGCCUCGGACCGCCAAAGCCGAUCAGUGCAGCUACAAACCACAGCCUCCAGGAGCCUCGUCUCUUGACAGAGACAUCACCAAGCUUAACCUUUCAGAUUUAAGUCAGAGCGAGAUUAUAACCUCAGAACUUCAUGCCAGUGACUCGGAACACAGCACAAAGACUGCACACAAGACCAGAUGGAAGUCAUCGCCUCCCAAUCGCAGGGACAGCUGCUCUGCUGCCAGUGGAGGCACGAACACAGACUUGACUGCAACUUACCCCGACACAAAAACCUCAUCCAAACUGACCGACUCCCCCAACAAGAGGCGAAGUGUGAGGAAGAGGAGCCAACAUCAGGGACCUGAAGACAUUUACCUGGAUGACCUGACUGCACUAGAGCCUGAUGUUGUUGCACGAUACUUUCCAAAGAGUGAGUCUGAGCAGGUCCCUAAACACUGGGUGGAGAUGGGGCGCAGUUCUGGAUCACAGUCCCCUCAGUCUGUUGGCAGCGCAGCAGCAGACAGCGGCACAGAGUGUCUGUCUGACUCUGCUGGUGACCUCCCUGACGUCACCCUGUCGCUGUGCGGAGGAGUAGGCGAGAACUCAGAGAUCUCUAAAGAAAAGUUCAUGGAGCACAUCAUCACUUACAACGAAUUUGCAGAGAAUCCAGCCAUAAUCGACAACCCCAACCUGGUGGUUAGAAUUGCAAACAGGUAUUACAACUGGACCCUGGCAGCGCCACUAAUCCUCAGCAUGCAGGCUUUUCAAAAGAACUUACCAAAGGCUACAGAGGAAGCCUGGGUGAAGGAGAAAAUGCCCAAAAAGUCUGGACGCUGGUGGUUCUGGAGAAAGAGCAGCGUGAAGCAGUCGUCAUCAGAGGCCAAGUCAGAGAGCCAGGAGCCUCUGAGCAGUGACAGCCCUGCCCUUCCCCGGGCCCCUGAAACACAACAGAAAGCAGCAGAGUGGUCCAGCGAUGACGAGACCAAAGAGCUGAAUGCUGUGGCACCUGCUCAGAAGCCUACUGAGCAUGUGCAGAGUGAAAACCCUGCUGCUGCACCCUGUCACUCUUACAAGAAGUCUCUCCGUCUAUCGUCUGACCAGAUAGCUAGUUUGAAGCUAAGAGAGGGGCCAAAUGAUGUCACUUUCAGCAUAACCACUCAGUACCAGGGGACAUGUCGCUGCGAGGGAACAAUCUACCUGUGGAACUGGGACGACAAAGUCAUCAUCUCUGACAUCGAUGGAACCAUCACCAAGUCAGAUGUGUUUGGUCAGAUCCUGCCUCAGCUCGGGAAGGACUGGACUCAUCAAGGCAUCGCUAAGCUUUACCACUCAGUGCACGAGAAUGGAUACAAGUUCCUGUACUGCUCAGCACGAGCAAUCGGCAUGGCAGACAUGACUCGAGGAUACCUGCACUGGGUGAACGACAGAGGGACCCUCCUGCCUCAGGGACCCCUCAUGCUCUCCCCAAGCAGCCUCUUCUCUGCCUUCCAUAGAGAGGUCAUCGAAAAGAAGCCAGAGAAGUUCAAGAUCGAAUGCCUCACAGACAUCAAGAAUCUUUUCUUCCCCAACACGUUCCCCUUCUACGCAGCCUUUGGAAACAGAGCGAAUGACGUGUUUGCCUAUAAGCAAGUGGGUGUGCCCGUGUGUCGGAUAUUCACAGUCAAUCCCAAGGGGGAGUUAAUCCUCGAGCAAGCCAAAGGCAAUAAAACAUCAUACAGCCGGCUGAGCGAGCUGGUGGAACAUGUUUUCCCCUUACGAAGCUCCCAACAAAACGCCACCUUCAGCUGCCCGGAGUUCAGCUCCUUCUGUUACUGGAGGCAGCCCAUCGCUGAGCUGUGUUUAGAGGAGCUGCUGUGACUCAAACUCAAGUGAAUGUUUUCAUGAAGUACUUGAAUUCAAAGGAACUCAGAGCAGUCUUCAUAUGCACUGGUUUAAUACUGAUCACUUGUUGUAAUGCCACUGGAGGAAUUUGAUAAUGUCUGAAAUAUGUUCUAGUUUAAUGUAAGUUUGGUUUGUUGACAAGCUCCAUAUCUGCUCAUUUAGGGAAUUUUCCCAUCAUGCACUUGUAGAGUUCUCUUUGAGUUUUAGCUCCAAGUGUAUUUGAAAGCCUUGGAGACAUCAGUUGUUCUUAUCACUUUGGCAGUUUUGUGUUGCAAUGAAAGGAGAUUUGUGCUGCAGAAGCACUCUUUCAUGUCUCAAGGGUUCAACAGCUGUUUGAGAACAGGUCACUGUUUAGUAUGAAUCUAAUAAACUGCCUGUACUCUGCCUUUGCUCCCUGACUUUGGAGUUCUAAAGAAAAUUUCAAGUUAAUAAUAUUUGUCAAUUAAGGCCUUACAUAGUCUAAUGCAGUCUUUUUUAAGUUGUGUGAAUGUAACUUUGUUUGGUUUUAAAGCUUGAGGACAUUUUGCACUUUUAUGUCAAGAAAAACAACAUAAAUGAUUUUUUUUAAGUUUUAAGAUUAUUAGUAGACAGUAGAUUUAAAGCACUUUCUGAACUUUGGAUACUGCCGGGCUUGGUAGUACGUCUGUUUUCCAAAAUUCAGAUAAUCAGAAUUGAAGUAGAAAACUACUUUUGAUGAUAUUUCAGCAAAUUUCUGCUAAUGUUUUGGUCAGAUUUGUAAGAUUUCUCCCUCAUAAAUACUGCAGUAUCUACAUGUCCAGCUUUUUUUCCACUCUGUAUCAACUGUUGGUAAAAUGAACUGAUUUCUUUCUAUGAAAGUGAUUCUCUUUGUGUGAAUAGAGCACACAGUGUUUCUUGAGUUUUUGCUGCUUCAAGUCUUCAGUUGAUUGUUGUGAUUACUUUAUGGUAAUCCAGAUUACAGUUUCAUCUAACAGUGUGAGCACAAAGUGUGUUUGUGAUGAGUGAAAAUAAAACUGUGCUUAACUGUUUAAA